UCGCGGCACCACCACCCAUCUCCGCCGCUGGUGGGUGAGACCCGGCGGCUUUGUUGCCCAGUCAGAAGACGACGAAGUACAUGGGCUCUCAGGGCCCGGCCCACGGCCUAAAUAAAGAGAGAAGGAACGGAAAAAUAAGGAGAAACCUAGACGUCCGCACUCGAGCAGUUCGUUCGCCGCAUCUCCGGUGCGCCGUCUUCCUGCGCUCGCUCGCUGACCCUUCCAAUGUCCGCUACGGCGUUUAUGGAGCUGGCGCUCGACCAGGCCAAGUUUGCGCUGGACAACCUCGAGGUUCCUGUAGGAUGUGUGAUUGUGGAGGACGGGAAGGUUAUUGCCUCUGGUAGCAACAGGACCAAUGCCACCCGGAAUGAGUGGCAGAGUAUUGGCCUUGACCAGACACUGGUCGCGGAUAAGUUUGCAGGAUGUGACCUCUAUGUCACGUGCGAGCCAUGCAUAAUGUGUGCAUCAGCAUUGUCGAUACUAGGAAUCAGGGAAGUAUACUUUGGGUGUCCGAAUGAUAAAUUCGGGGGAUGUGGAUCAGUCAUGUCACUGCAUGAGAGCCUUUCGUCGGAUGACUUGACAGGGAGCCAAGAUACCAGAUCAAGAGGUUUUAAAUGUACUGGUGGGAUAAUGGCGGAAGAGGCAGUCGCUCUUUUUAGAAAUUUCUAUGAACAAGGAAACCCGAAUGCACCGAAGCCUCACAGACCUGUCCGAGUGGAUCAGCAGUGACUGGUUUGUUAGUCGUGCUGACGAGGAAGAUCUCAGAUCUACAUCCUACAGGUCAGGCGAUUCAAGAAGAUUCUCUCCACUAUUGAUUAGCUUGUGUUAACACUGAAUACAGCCUUACUCAGUUGCAGCUAUCUAUCAUCUAGACAUUUGGUUUCUCCUUUAUGGGAAAAUAAAAGAGAAACCAAAUGUGUUACGCAAAUUGUUAUAUAUUACUAUUGCUCUUAAAUGCAAUUCAAUUGAUAGUUUGAUCAUUGCAGCACAUUUCCUGUUCCCUACCUUGCUACUAAUUGAGUCUCUUGCAAUUUGUUUGACUGAAAUGUGAAAUAGAGAAGUUGGCUUUGAAUAUAA